GUAACAUCACAAACAUCAACCAUAUAGUUUUACUUCCUAAACUCCAUUAUUUAAAAAUGGACUAUUAUAUAUAAUUUUAGUUCCACUCCUGGGAUUUGGCACCGGCUUUCUCACAGAAGAGGCAAAAAUAUCUACUUUAACAGCUUUAAAAUCUGGAUAUAGGUAAAUGUACAUACAGUAAACCGGGUUGUUGUUUUUUGUAGAUUAACCUAGUUCAUAAACACAUUGACAUGGGCGACCUGGUUUUGAAUUUGGCGACUACAUCUUAUUCAUUUGUAGUCACUUGGGCGACUAAAAUUUUUUAAAAUUUCAACCCAGACGUGCUAUUCAGAAAGAAAUUUGCAUUGUAUUUUAGCUAGUACUUCAUUGUUUACCUUGGUAGAUUAUUUGAUACAGCUGUAGCAUACGAGACCGAAGAAGCGAUUGCCGAAGCAAUAGCAAUAAGUGAAGUACCGAGAGACGAGAUUGUGAUUGUCGAUAAAAUACAUCCGAAAGAUUUCUAUACAUCUGGUGCUACCAUACAGUCAGUUCAACAAUCUCUUGAAAAACUGAAGGUAAAAAUUCGAGCAAAUAUAGUGGGGUCCAGUAUAAGCAUUCGUGGUCCACUGCAGAAAUGUGUUUUGAUACUUAUAUACAAUCUAAACUUUUUUCUGUGUUGGUGUUGUGUACUCAGGUGAAUAUGAUGUCUGUGAUGUUACUCUGAGUGUAUAUCCACACCGGGCAAGCUUGAAAAAUAUACCUGGACACGGUGGGAAUCGAACCUACGACCUUUGGAAAACUAGUCCAAUGCUCUGCCAACUGAGCUACGCGGUCAGGUCGGUUCGAGUGUGUGAUAUUUUCGGAACUGAGUCUAGUUCCUUCGAUAUCAAUAUAAUUACUAGAUUAUAUUACUAGAAAAUCAUAUUACUAGAUUGCAUUGAUAUCGAAGGAACUAGACUCAGUUCCGAAAUAUCACACACUCCGCGAACCGACCUGACCGCGUAGCUCGGUUGACAGAGCAUUGGGGCUAGUAUUCCAAAGGUCGUAGGUUCGAUUCCCACCGUGGCCAGGCAUAUUUUUCAAGCUUGCCCGGUGUGAAUAUACACUCAGAGUAACAUCACAGACAUCAAUCUAAAAUUAUUUUAACCUCAUUUUAACCUGGCACUUUUGGUGUUUUGUGUAUACUGGGAAGAUUUCGAACGGUCGGUGCUAAGAACGAGACAGGGCUAAGGCUACUAGAGGUUGCCAUAAAAAAACUUACUGACCUCAACCGUUCGGGCAGUACGGGAAAAUAUCCAACCUCGGUCUUGCUGUAUUGACCUCGCUAUCGCUCGGUCAAUACAGCAAGACCUCGGUUGGAUAUUUUCCCGUACUGCCCUCACUCUCGGUCAGUAAGUUAUUAUAAUUAUAAUAUUGUUCUGCAGGUAAACUACAUUGAUGUGAUGUUACUGCAUGCAACAGAUUGUGAGGAAGAAGGUGGUAGAUUAUCUUGCAACGGCAUGGAAAAGACUUCCUCUAGAACUUGGGAAGAUGCCUGGCGUGAAUUGGAGAUCACUGUUGAUCAAGGUGAGAUAAUGGAAAGCAUUUCACCUGGAGGUUUGUAGCGCAAUUUACUUCUUCUAAUUGAUGGGAAUGAGCUGGAUCAGUUAUGAAUGUUCAGAUUAGGGUAUAUCUCGGAACAUAACUCAUCCGCUCGUUCACAUGCGUCAAUUAGAACGAAAAUCGCCGUAGGUCUGGAUUAAAUCGCAGCAAAAAUUACAAGUGCAAACUGGCCUUUAAGGGGGUUGGGAAAACACGUGGGCUUUUAUUGUGAAACAACAUUAUUUUAACCAAAUUUACAUUAUUUUAACCUCAAGCAAGUUGAAUGACACAGUAUAUUGUUUCUGUAGGUAAAGUGCGCAGUAUUGGUGUAAGUAAUUUUGAAGUGAGUGAUUUGCAAAGACUGUGGGAAAUAGCUCAUCACAAACCAUCUGUGGUACAGAACCUUUUUGAUCCGUUUAUUCAAGAUCUUGAAGUGCGGCUGUUUUGUAAAGAGCAUGGCAUUGUCUACAUGGGUUACAGGUAGGUUGGUUAUUCUCGUGCAAAAAAUACCUGGGUUUCCAAUUUCUUGUUACAAAAACUUUGAAACAAACAGGUUGUACUUUAUAUAGCAAGUACAAAACUAAGGCUACGAACUACGAAAAAUUGCUCCAAACUCUUUACAAACUUCAGACAAAAAGAUUAUAAUCGGUGAUUUCAGUGGCCAAAAGCUCCCAGGUUUUUUCUCGGUUAGUUCAAUAAGGGUACAACGAACUUCUCUGGAUAUAAACAGUGAUAAAACCUUCCUUUCCACUGAGGCCACGCUGUACCAUGGGAAGGUAACACACACAAAUUCUGCAAGGUCUAUAUUAUGUUACCUGUACACCAGUGACCUAGUAAAUCUUAGUUGUCCAGCCUUGCUGAAGUUGACCGCAGUCUGUUGCCCCCCCCCCCCCGUAAUGCUUGCUGUACCAAUAAAAAGUUUCGUUCCAUUGUUUUCAGCACUCUCGGUCGUUCUUGGGCAGACAUUGGUCUCACAUACAAUCCAGUUCUGAACAACUCAGUGUUAGCCAACAUUGCUGCACGCUACGAUGCUUCAGUCGCUCAAGUAGUGUUACGUUGGGCAAUGUGGGAGAAUGUUGUGGUGGUACCACGUUCUAGUAACUUCAAACACAUCGCAUUGAACUUUGCUGCACAGUAUACACCACUCAACGCACGUGAUGUUGACGUGAUCCGAGAGUUACAGGGGCAAAUAGAUGAGGACGAAAUUGCCGCAGCUAUUGAGAAAACAGUAAGUUGUUUUCAGGAUUAUGGUUUAGAUUUAGAUAAGAAUUAGCAGACCUUCCAAGUCGUGUGUCAUUGCGUCACAUGAAUUUUACUUAAACUGUAAGUUCUCACACUUAGUUUCCAUUUCACACGAUUUUUGAAGAAGCCAGGGUAUUCAAGCUUUAAUCACAUUAAUGAUAUGAGAUAUGCCAUUAAAGAGAUAUUCUAGUAAGCUAGUUCAAAUAUGAAUAUGCGAUUUCAGUGAAUCUCGCUUGAGUCAACUUUAUGUUGAGAACGCAGUGUUGUAUUUUUCUCAUGAAUAUAUUGUAUCAUGUUUCCCUGAUGAUGGCUCUGAAAUAGAGUUGAAACACUGUAUAGCCCAGGGGCGGAUCUGUGGGGUGCAGGAGGGUGCGCACCCCACCUAGUGGCGUCUCCCACCCCCCUUGAGAAGUUCUGCACUACCCUAGAAAAGUCUGCUUGAACAUACAUUUUCUGCUUUUCGAAUGGCGAUUAGCAGAACUUCUACUGUUAGCGCGAGUCGAUUUCUUGAAACGAUUUAACUGAUUUGUGAGCUAACGAGAAAAUACUCAGAAUGCUUUAGUUAAAUAUCAUGGUUAAAUACAGUAUGUAAACGUGUAGGUUGCUAUACAGUCAUAUUUUCAAAUACACUGUACUUCAACAAGCAAUUUACUGUACUGUGCUACAGCAACUGUCCAGUACUUUCAAACUUCGUUUUGGCAACGCAAUCUUCUAUAUGAGAGAAGCUAUUCGUUCAUUCAGUUUUUACACGCAUGUCUGACAAUGCCCAUUUUGUUUCUAGUAUUCCAAGACAGAGGGGAAUGCGGAAAUUAUUGACAAUCCUUCUAUUGUGGUAGAACGCGAAGUAAACGUUGAACAAGACGUUGUCUUAUAUUUCGGUUCAGAUGACUAUUGGAUCUACGCUUUAGAUGGAAGUAAUGGUUCGUUGCUAUGGAAACAUCAAACUGCUGACGAAACAGGCUCAGUUUGUAUGACAAACGGAUCAGCGGUAUACUGUGGAGCCGACGAUACAUACUUGAGAGCAUUUCAUGCAAAUAAUGGUUCCUUAAUAUGGAAAUUUCGUGUUGGCGGUGCUAUAACCUCAUCAGUGAGGAUGAGCGAAUCUGGGAAUUUAUAUUUCGGUUGCCUAGACAACCAUAUAUAUUGCGUCAACUCGUCUGGUGUCUUAAUUUGGGAAACUUCUAUUGGGUCAGCUGUGUGGGCUACACCCGCUUUGGCUUCUGGAGGAAGACUUGUAUUCAUCGGAGGGCUUGUUGACGAACCUGAUACGGGUAUGGUGUAUGCGCUUGAUGGGGAGACUGGGGAGAUUAUAUGGUCUUCUCCGAUUGGUGGAAUUUUUGCCUCGGCUGCCGUCGACGAACGACGGAAUAUUGUCGUGUUUUGUACCGUGCAGUCGACAUGUCAUGGGAUACGCAUGGAUAACGGGGAGCAGUUGUGGGAAUUAGAAGUACAAUCUGAAGUGUACGCAUCUCCCUCUAUCCAUAGAGAGACAGGGAUGGUGUACGUUGUUUGUCUUCAAGGGACAUUUUAUGCGCUAGAUAUUAAGACUGGUAAUAUAUACUGGAAGAAAUCUGGUGAGUAGAACUGAAUCCAAGGGUCUCCCCUUGAACAACUAAAAUCUUCCGGCGUUAGGCAGGGUAAAUUAAAAAAUUAAGGCGUUCAAAACUAAAUUGAUAAGCUUGAAUAUACUUUGGUAAAUGGAUUUCGACUUUUACGGUUUGAGCACGUGUUUUCAUUAAUGGCUUCUGGUGUAUAUUUAAGAGGAAAUUUUUUUACAAUGUCGUGUAUUUGCGAUGAAAAGUGUUCAAAACCUUAAAUUUUUUGGCGUUCCUCUUAAAAUUACUUUGUUUUAGCUUUAUCUGGCGGUAGAGAAUGGAUGUUAACAUUUAUUGACUGGGACCGAGGGCGAGGGAAACAGUAUGUUUCGAAUUUUUGAUGCGAUCCACCGGACCACUACGUUCGAGACUUUGGACACAGAAUAAAGAUCCAUACAGAAGGGCCACUUACGUCGAAAGCUUUGAAGUUUCUGUCCUCGCACAUGUCGCAUUACGCAUGUUGGCCGCCAUUUUUCUAGCCAGUCAAUGACAUUUUCUGGCCAAUAAACACGCUGUACUGGCUGGCUGCUCCGCCUUCUGGCCAGUAAACUGCUUAUUUUUGCUUAAAAAAACGAGGACACGUUGCACCGCCGAGUGACCCUUCUGUUACUGAUCUUCAUUCUGUGCUUUGGACUAGCAAAACUGAUAUUCUGUUAAUAACUUACAUUUUAGUGUUCAUCCCAGAGAUUCGAUCAUCACCGCUGGUCUUGGAUGACGGGCGCAUAUUUCUGGCCACAGGAGGCGGCAUGGUACUUCACAUGAAUUCCAAGAAUGGUGAUGUCAUCUGGUCUAAAAAUAUCGAUGAUUCAGAAAUUUUCUCUUCACCUAAGCUGGCGACAAACGGUCUGCUUUAUGUGGGUACAAUCCGGGGGGAGAUGGUAGCAUUAAAUGCCACCACGGGGAAUGUUGUAUGGAGUUAUAAAACGGAUGGCCCAGUGGUGGCUACAGUGAGGAUCAACGCCCCCCACGUUGACUAUAUUGCAACCAGGCAACAAUUUAAUGAGUAGUAGUUUAAAGUUCUUUGUGAAAGUGAUCAAGAAAGUGAAAAAUAAUAAAAAAAUCUUUGUGUGGUAUAUUUCUACUGUAAAUAAAAAAUAUGGCCUCCCAGUCUAAAAUUUUUUGGCAGGUGAAAUAAAUUUUGGCCUGCCAUUUUUAUUCAUUGAACUGCCAAUAUGGCAAUGUCUUAUAUGAGUC